GAGGCAAUGGCGGCGCUGGUAGCCUCGGCGGGGCUUCGGGGCGUCCUUGGUGCCCGCGGAGCGCGGCUGCUGCACGCGGGGCUGCCCGAGACGCACCGAAUGCUGCGGGAGACCUGCCGGGACUUCGCCGCCAAGGAGUUGGCGCCUCUCGCCGCCCGCCUCGACCGCGACCACCGCUUCCCCGCCGAGCAGAUUAAGAAAAUGGGGGCGCUCGGCCUUCUCGCAAUGGCUGUGCCUGAAAAAUACAGAGGGGCCGGCUUGGAUUGCUUGGCCUACACCGUCGCCACCGAGGAGAUCAGCCGUGGCUGCGCGUCUACCGGCGUCGUCAUGAGCGUCAACAACUCGUUGUAUCUAGGGCCGGUUUUGAAGUUUGGGUAUGAAGAGCAGAGAGAGCAGUGGAUCCCUCCUUUCACCAGUGGGGAGAAGGUGGGGUGCUUUGCCCUCAGCGAACCAGGAAAUGGCAGUGAUGCUGGCGCGGCAUCCACAGUGGCUCAGCUGGUUGGGGACGAAUGGGUAUUGAACGGCACCAAGGCCUGGAUCACCAACGCCUGGGAGGCCUCGGCCACCGUGGUCUUCGCCACCACAGACCGAGCCCUGAAGCACAAGGGCAUCAGCGCCUUCCUUGUGCCCAUGCCGUGCCCGGGCCUCUCGCUGGGGAAGAAGGAGGACAAGCUGGGCAUCAGGGCUUCCUCCACCGCCAACCUCAUUUUUGAAGAUUGCCGCAUCCCCAAGGAGAACCUGCUGGGCACGCAGGGCAUGGGCUUCAAGAUCGCCAUGCAAACCUUGGACUCCGGCCGGAUUGGAAUCGCUUCCCAGGCCUUGGGGAUCGCCCAGGCGGCUCUGGAUUGUGCCGUGGAUUACGCCGAGAAGCGGCUGGCCUUUGGCCACCCCAUCACCAAGCUGCAGGCCAUUCAGUUUAAGCUGGCUGACAUGGCGGUGGCGCUGGAGGCGGCUCGUCUGCUGACCUGGAGAGCAGCUGCCUUGAGUGACAAAGGAAAGCCCUACACAAAGGAGGCGGCCAUGGCCAAGCUGUCGGCAUCCGAGGCAGCGACUUUCAUCUCCCACCAGGCGAUCCAGAUCCUGGGUGGCAUGGGCUACGUGACAGAGAUGCCGGCCGAGCGCCACUACCGAGAUGCCCGCAUCACCGAGAUCUACGAGGGAACCAGCGAAAUCCAGAGGUUGGUGAUUGCGGGGCAGCUGCUAAAGGCCUAUCGAGGCUGAAGGGGAGGACAGCUACGGAGGCCUCUGAAGAAGAGAGACGCGGGCUAACCCUUAGCUCAGGGACUGGCUUAAGUGGAGGACAUCCGCUCCUUGGCUCGCCACAGAAGAGAGCGGCUGGGCAUUCAGCUCCUCUGAUGAUCACGUUUCCGAUGGAGGCCAAGAAGAGGCACCUGGAACAACCAGGGGAAGAAGGACCUGGGAAAUGGGUGCCCGGGUGCCUCGUAUCCUCUAGGCCAGGGCUCUCCAACCUUGGCAACUUUAAGACUUGUGGACUCCAAUUUCUCAGCAAAGCUGGCUGAGGAACUCUGAGGAUGGAAGUCCACACGUCUUAAAGUUGCCAAGGUUGGAGAGCACUGCGCUAAGCUCUAGCUCAGAUCUACUCUAUCAUGGGCCACACCAAUUCCAGUGGAGCCAGAAAUGCCCAGGUGCAGCUUCUCUUUGUCUUCAGUGACAGCUGCAAGAAAGCAGGUUGUUGGGAAUCAGAUCAGAGAGAAGAUAUUAACCAGGGAUUGGGAAGCGACCCGAAUCAACUGCUGAAACCAAGCUUGAAGAGUUGCUGGUGUUGGUGGCAGUGAGCGAAGCGUAGCCCCGAGAGUCCCAAGUGCCUUGUUUGUGUCCCAAGCCAAGUUUCCUCCGCUCCAGAGGCAGGGGCCCCCCUUGAUGCAAUCAGAAUAGACUAUUAAAUUUGAGCACUGACA